AUGACCACAGCGAAGACAGACUCAAUCCUGAUCGUGGGCGCCGGCGUCUUCGGUCUUUCGACCGCCCUUGAACUCAACAAGCGCGGAUAUACAGAUAUCACCGUUGUCGAUCGAUUUGUACCACCAUCAGCAGAUGGAAGCAGCGUUGACAUCUCACGCAUUAUUCGCGCCGACUAUGCGGACCCAAUAUACUCCCAAAUGGCCCGAGAGGCAUACAGUGGAUGGACCACUGAGUACAAAGAUCAAUACUUCGAAUCAGGAUUCGCCUUGCUCUCUGAAACGCCUAAGAACGAAUACAUGGAGAAGUCCAAAGCUGUGAUUCGGGCGGCAGGUGGCAAAUUGGAUGAUCUUGACGACGCCAUGGAAAUCCGCAAACUCUACCCUAGUGUGGCUGGGCCGAUGCCGCAGGCAGCAUCCAAAAAGCUUGCUUCCAAGUGUACCGUGGCAGGUAUAUCUAUCAUUGCCGGGCCUCGCGGUACUGUUAUUUCCCUCCGCCGGGAGGGCUCCCGCGUUGUCGGUGUCAACCUUGUCGGAGGGCAGGUAUUGCUCGCUUCACAGGUGAUCUUAAGCACCGGAGCGUGGACUAACCGUCUUUUAAAUAUGGGUCAUGCCGCGUCUUCCUCCGGCCAGCCUGUUGGCUUCAUCCAAUUGACCGAGGAGGAGGCCCUCGAGAUGAGAAAGAUCCCGGUUAUGAUCAACAUGAGCUCUGGUGUCUUCUCAUUCCCGCCCACACCGGAUACACAUGUUCUCAAGCUGGCGCGCCAUGGUUACGGGUAUGCAACUGACAUGACUGUCAAUGUGGAUGGUGUUCGGAAGUCCCUCUCAUCGCCGAAGUUCGAAGGUAGCAAUGCGGCCACUGGAUAUUUGCCUGAUGACGCGGAUGAAUCGCUGCGACAGGGUUUGCGUCAGUUCUUCCCAAAGCUGGGGGAUCGUCCCUGGAUGAACCGUCGACUGUGUUGGUACACGGAUACCCCCAAUGGUGAUUUCAUUAUCGACCACCACCCAACCAUCCAGGGAUUAUUCAUGGCUACUGGUGGUGCAGGACAUGGAUUCAAAUUCCUCCCUAUCCUGGGCCAAUAUAUCGCGGACUGCUUUGAGAAUAAAGCACCCGAAGCUUUGCGUCAAAAGUGGAGAAUGAACCCGCCCCAGGGUGACUCGAAGGGACCCAUGGCAGGCGAUGGAAGCAGAGGAGGGCCCCCGCUGAGGAAAUUGAGCCCGCUUGAACAAGCCAAGCUGUAG